GACAACUGCUUGAGGCCGGUCACGCACGGCCUUUUUGUGAAAGGUUUUUUGAGUAUUAGCUCCGCUCUUGAAAGCCCUUAGUGGGCACCCCUUACCGCCGAAGACAGAAAUCCGUGGUGUGACAUAUUAGGGUCGACCUUUUCUAACCCUUCCUUCCUUGUGAGAAGGCAGCAUCGCUGCAGAUGCUGGUUAUCCAAGGGGAACACCUUACUGUUGUCACACCCCUCUGCAGUCAGCAGUACGACUUCGCCCUGAGACCUUGGGUAGCUGCUUUUAGUCUCAUCGUUCUCCAAUCGACCUGCCUGGCAUGGUAGAACCUUCAGGAACAUAAGUUCCAGCCAAUAUAGCUCAGUUGGGUCAUCACGAUAGGCAAGCCCGACCACCACGUCAAGGUAGCAGCUUCGGUCGGGCGCUUAGAAGGAUAUGCAAAGCAGCAGUAAACUCUACCAGCAAUUUAAACCAAUUGGUUAAGAAACAUAAGUGUAUUUCAGCGGCAUCUACUGAAUCGAUAGGUAAUAGGAAGUUCAUCCCGUCUGCCUCUGAACACUAUGAUAAGCGAAAUCAUUUAAAACACAGAGUGAUUAAGUCAACGCAUCGAUGGUUAGCAAAACUAAGGGAUGAAAAUGGUAGUGUGUAUAUAUAACAUUAGAAAACUGUUCAGACUUAUCAAGGAGACGGUAUCAGAAGUUUAUCUCUCAGUGAUUGUCUUAGACAAAGGUAUAACUAUCAUUCACUUAAUGCAGGAUAUUGGACAGAUGGGCAGAACACUAGGUGAUAGUCCAACUAUCCUUCAGCAACACAACUACCCACCAAAUACAGGCAAUCAUAGUAGCGGGUCGCUGUAAUUCCUCCGAAUGUUAGUCAUUUGGAAAAGCUGUAGGCAAACGAGGGGGAGCAGCAGGGUCUGAUAGAUGAAAUCGUGAGCAUUUACAUCAACUGAGUUUUUUUAGCUAAAAUCUCGAAACAAGAUGUGAUUCAAUCUGAUUGGUUUCGAUUACUGAUAGUUCUAGUCUGUAAGAAGGGACAAAAGUCAUCUCGUGACAAUCACAGAUGAACCAUUUUGAUUAAAAUGUUGGUUUCACUAAUAUUUCAAUGCCUAACAGGAGCUCAUGCAGAGCGAACUCUAUAUAACCUGGUGGGUUUCAAAUUUCGACGUCUAGCAUCAUUUUUCUUUCUUACCAAUAAUCUCACAAUUUAUCUAUCUAUUUAAGUUAACGCUUCCUGUUAAUCAUUUCAACAUUAAAGAGUUUACUUUAUAUUACAAACAAUCCUAGAUGCAUUAAAAUUCACUUAAAUAGUUCUAUGCGUAGUUAGGGUCAAAAAUAUUGCAUAAAUCUUUAGCCUUCUCAAACUUGUGCUUGUAAUGUCUCUUGAUACUAAGAUACCUUUAUUCAGUUGUAUGUUUCAAUAACAGUCACACUGUCAAAAUUAUCUGCUAAGGAAAUGGAAUUCAUGAUAAACCUAAACCCAUAAGAGUAUCAAUACCAUUCCAGACACAUUAUGCUAUUGUUCUAUCCUUAUUUACGAUAAAUAUUUGUUUUCCCAUUACAAACUCAACUAACCUAUUCUUUUCUGGAAGUUUCUAGGACAGUCACAGAUGUUAAAGUUUGGAUUAAAUCGACUAAACGGUGCUCUAUCUUCUGGUCUUGUCGAAAGUUUAAAAAGAAGUGCACACACGAGGCUUCCUUUAAAAUGGUCUACUUCACAAAUUUUACAUAGAGAAGAUCAAGUUCCGAGAAAUACAGAUGUGUUAAUUGUCGGUGGAGGUAUCAUAGGUUGGGCAACUGCAUUUUGGAUCCGACGUGAUUCAAGGCUUUCAGUUACUGUUGUUGAAAAGGAUCCAACAUAUAGCCAGUCAGCUACGGUUCUUGGACUAGGAUCUAUACGACAACAGUUUUCAGAGCCAGAAAACAUACAAAUGUCAUUGUUCUCAAUUAAUUUCUUAAGAAAUGUCACCAGAUAUCUAUCAGUGGACGAUUCGGUAGAAAACAUAGAUAUUGGUUUUAAUCCGCAAGGAUGUUUAGUCCUGGCAAAUACUCAGAAUCUGGACUUGUUGAAAGAGAAUUAUUUGUUACAGCUUGAUCUCGGAGCAAAAGUUGAACUGCUAACCAAAGACGCUCUGUCUGCACGUUGGCCGUGGAUGAACGUUGAAGAUAUUGAAAUGGGUUGCUAUGGUUAUGAGAACGAGGGAUGGUUUGAUCCUUUUCUCUUACUGAAGGCAUUGAAAAUCAAAUCUCAUUUCUUGGGAGUAAAUUAUGUUGUUGGAGAAGUGAUUGAUUUCCAUGCUAGUCCAUAUAUGAUGCCAACUUUCAUUACUGAAAGGCCACAAAGACCCCAAAUACUAUGCAAACCUUUACGUUCUGCCAUAAUUUCUCUUCCUAACCAAACGAGGAUUUCUGUUAAUUUUCAUUCAGUAGUAAAUGCAGCAGGUCCAUGGGCAGCACAUGUGGCUGAAUUGGCUGAAAUUGGCAGUGAAAAUAUUCCAUUACGGUUACCGGUUGAGCCGAGAUAUCGUCAAAUUUUCGUUGUACAACCUAUAAAUACACUUAGUCACAUAGAAAAUCAUCAUCCGUUGCCUGGUUUAGAUAUGCCAUUUAUGAUAGAUCAUAAUCGUUUAUUUAUUGAACGUCGUGAUCUUUCCGGUGAAUUUAUUGUUUAUUCUGAUAAUCCUAAAUUUGACUCUUUUAAUGAUAAUCGUAAUCAACAAAGUUCGGCGAAUCAUGAAUUUUUCCAUGAACACAUUAAACCAUUAUUGUGUAAACGGAUACCAGGAUUUAGAGAUGUUAAG